AUGCUUUCUCUCUUGAUCUCGUUUGCUCAAACUCAGGCAAAUCAACAUCCCAUUCGGUUCAUUUUCACUAUACUUCUCUUGUUGCCAUUGUCAUACUUUGUGACCAAUGAAUUCAUACGAAAGAAUGCAAGAAUCCCAGGAUUCAAUGGACCACCAGGAAAACCCGUCUUUGGAAACAUCCCUGACAUAAAAUACAAUGCUGCCGAGAAGUAUCGAGAGUGGUCAAAGACCUAUGGCGAUGUGUACCAGAUUCAACUAGGCAAUGUCCCAAUCAUCGUUUGCAACUCUGCUGAAGCCUGCCGAGUCUUGUUUGGACAUUUCUCACAGGCUCUCAGCUCGAGACCGGUCUUCUAUACCUUUCACAAAGUGUUAUCCAACACGGCAGGAACAACCAUUGGCACAUCACCAUUCAGCGACAGUCUCAAACGUCGCCGCAAAGGUGCUGCAUCUGCAUUGAAUAAACCUUCGGUGGCCAGCUAUGUUGGUCAUCUUGACGUGGAGACUCUGGCGUUCGUCAAAGAAGGCCUGGAAUAUGGAGCUGAUGGUACACAAUCUGUGGAUCCAAUGCCGAUGAUCCAGCGUCUGAGUCUUAGCUUGGCUUUGACACUGAAUUGGGGUACUCGUUUGGGGACCCGAGACGAUCCUCUAUUCCACGAGAUCACAGAGGUCGAGGAAGAAAUUUCAAAGUUCAGGAGCACAAGUGGCAACAUGCAAGACUAUGUGCCGUUCCUUCGUCUGAAUCCAUUCAACGCUGGCUCCACACGCGCCAGAGAGAUGAGACAGCGCCGAGACGUGUACUUGACCAAGUUGAACAAAGAUUUGGAUGAUCGGAUGGCAAAGGGGACGCAUAAGCCAUGUAUUCAGGCCAAUGUCAUUCAGGACAAGGAAGCAAAACUCAACAAGGAAGAGCUCACAAGCAUCAGCUUGACCAUGCUGAGUGGAGGACUUGAUACUGUGACGACACUAGUGGCAUGGAGUAUCGCACUUCUUGGACAAAGACCGGACAUUCAAGAGAAGGCCAUUCGUGAAAUCCGUAAGAUGUUCAGCGAGGACGAGAUACUCUGCGCACCAGAGGACGAAAUGAAGUGCGAAUAUGUGAUGGCUCUCGUCAAGGAGUGUCUGAGAUACUACACGGUUCUACGAUUGGCCCUUCCUCGAGCAACAGUCAAAGACAUCACAUAUGAAGGCAAGCUAAUUCCAGCUGGGACGACUAUAUACCUGAAUGCAUGGGCGUGCAACAUGGAUCCAGCCGUGUGGAAGGACCCCGAAAUAUUUAGACCAGAAAGAUGGCUCGAGCAGCCAGAUGCACCUCUGUUCACAUACGGAGUCGGAUACCGAAUGUGCGCAGGAAGCUUACUGGCUAACAGAGAGCUGUAUCUCGUGUUCAUGAGGAUGCUCAGCUGCUUCGAGAUUGAAAAGGGAACAGAGGUGGAAACACAUCCGGUCAAGGGAAGUUCGGACCCGACAAGUUUGGUUUCAAUCCCGAAUCGCUACGAGGUCAAAUUUAGGCCACGAAAUGAAGUCAAGCUGAGAGAGCAGAUAACAGCCAAGGAGAAGAUUUUGGGUGAGUGCUAA